AUAAAUCACCGGUAUGCUCACGCGACAUCGAAACUAGCGUCUGGAUCAAUUGUAUGACCUGAGACGGAUUCACAAUGCUUUCAGUGCAUCAUAUAGCGUGGAGCUUCUUAAUUAUAGGACUUAGAUCUGCGCAACUCCCAUCAGCACCCUCAUUCACCCCGGAUCCAUCCUAUACUGGCUGUCCACCAGAUGGUCCUCUUCUUCCCAAACCAACAAAUCUAGCACAAUCAAAACACUUCCGGACGGCUACAGACAAUCUACCAUAUGCUCAAACUUUGUACUGAAAGGGGGGAUCAA